AUCUAACUAAAUGUAGGAGGAAUAACCCUUCACAGCUGUAAAUGUAUUCAUUAUAACGAAAUCAAAAAUAGUGAGAAAAAAAAGAUACAAGUAAUUAAAAACAUUUAUAUAAAAUGCAUUAUCCAUAACAAAAACAAAGUAAUGAUCAAGAUACAAAAUAAUGCAUGCAUUAUAAGUUUUAAGGGGCAUAGUCACGAUUUUGGUCAUAAAUUAUUUUUCCGAUUUGAGUAUUCACAGAGCUUAAGUAAGGCAUUUUUUCAGGCAACCAAAGUUUCAGUGUCAUUUGUUGAGUUAUAAGCGAGCUACAAAGCUUGCAAUUCUUUUGGUUUGUAAACAAAGCAUUUGUUAACAUUCUGAAUGUUGAAGUAAAAAUUCCAGUUUAAGAUCUUAAUGAAUGUGUUAAGCGCUAGAAACUUUUUGAUUAUCCUUAAAAUGAAUCAGGCGAUGAUAAAUCAGGUUGUUAAAGAUUAUUAAUUGGUAUAUUGAACCUAUGUCAACAGAAACAGGACACGAGCCUUGUUUACAUGACAAAGAAUUGCGAGCCCUGUAUCUGGAUCAUAUCUCUACGAAUGACUCUUAAAUUUCAUUUCAUUGUUAGAAAUGCAUUCCUAAAGCUUUGUAAAUAAUAAAAACAGAAACAUAGAAUUGGACAAAAAUCGUGACUAUGCCCCGUUAAUACGUGUAAUUAAUUAUGAUUGUGCAUAGAAUGUAACACAUUUCAUAUAACAUGUACGCAUCAAGUACUGGCAUAGGGUUAACAUAUUGCCUAUAACUUUAUCUGUAUAAUCUGAUGGUGAUUUUUAAUGUACAUAAUGUUAAAAAGCACAUUCAAUUUUCCAUUUCCCUAACUCUUGUACAAUUUUAGGAUCAAUGUUAUUGAUCCUCUUCACGUUUCGUCCCGAUCCUAAAUAUCGCUUAUAUUUAAAAAAAAGUAGUCGUGUAUUUUGUUUAUCCUGCAACAUAAUAUCACAUAUAACGCCUUUUUGACAAAUUUUGCUGCAUAUCUGCAGUUGAAACUAUGACGCCAUGGCGUAAAGAAGCAAAAAAAGAUGGGGAAUUGACCAAAUGUAGCUUUGAUUUAUUGGGUAACCUUUAUUCAGACAAUACAAGGGGUAGUUGCAGUAUAAAUUAAAAUACCAUCCACAUAUGCCAAAAUACGAAUGUCACAGCACCUCAACCAACUUUAAGAAAUCAAAGGAAACAAGGUUAUCACAAUUCUAUUUGUGGUAAGUACUAACAUAGUCAUAUCUAAAUUUAGGGGUCUGACAAAAAAUAUUUACUUAUCUAAAGUCAGUGAUCAGUCUUAACUUUCCAUUUUUUUAAUACAACCAAUAGGGGGCACACAAAUUGAGUUGUAAUUUAAAUUGGAUAUGUAGCCUUUACAAGAGAAUUCUUCCACUUUUUCAUCAACAAAAGUGUUUUGACUUUUAGACAAAAUGUGGUUAUCAAACUUUCUAACAUUAAGAAUUACAGUGAAAGGGAUUUGAUUACAAUUCUUUAUCCACAUUUAGAUAGAGUCAGACACAGACAACCUUGAUCAGGCAUUACAGACACCCUUGAUCAGACAUCAAUAUGCUUUAAUAAAGCAGACAUCUACAAUAUGUAAAAUGUGUGGAAAUAUCAAAUGAUUCUGAAUAUCAAAAUAAUAUACAGCAUGUAAUGUACACAUAUGACCUAUUGAAACAUGCGUAGUUUUAUAAGUUUAUAUAUGUUAUAAAGUAAAUAAAAACAAUUAUUUACUGUUGCACUAUGCAUUUAUAUCUGUGAUUAUACUAAUCCUGCGUCGAACUCAAUUGUGCAUCGAAUUGAGCGUUGGAAACACUAUUCUUCUGUCUAUAACAGUAAGAUCCAGCAAGAAAUUACUUCCGCCUCCACAUGCGCGAUAAUAAUCUGGUCGUCACGCGUGUCAUGUUCUCCGACCUCUAAUAUUUUGGCUUCAAACGUUGGCUGUCGAUAUUGUAGUGGCGUUCUCUAACAAGGCCAGAAAUUUUGGCCUUAAUCCCGAUGUGUUUUUCGGAAGUGUGGGAUACAAUCUGGCGAUGUCUGAAUUAAAUUGCCCCUGCACUAGUAAAGCAGAAUGCUCCUUUUCUAAAUGUUGAAUUUGUGCAACCUGAACGUGCCACAGAUCUAAUUAAGUCUCAUUACCUACCUCGAUCUGUUCAAUAGAUAUCAACUAUUUAAACGUUGUCUCAGCGUACCGUUCGCACCUUGGGAUAACAUUGGCGAAUGGUUGAUCGGCCGUUUGACACUCCUCGUCGUGCCGGAUAGCUUCAAAUCCGCUGGAAGUUUAACAACAAGUAAAUUCCGAUUGAAUAUCCUACCCGUCGGCACAGUAGUAAGGUACUUCGGAACCGAUCGACUCUCUUAUACCCCUCUGAGUACGUGGUACUAUUCCCUGGCCAAAUGGCAUAGAUCUAUAAUGGCGACUUCUAUUUAAACCCUGCAGUCAUGAUGACACUGAAGUUUCAACGGCGUUUUUAUUCAAAACCUCUUCCUUAGCAUCGUUUUUCUGGAUACUGUCUUUAAUUUCGAAUGUGCGAACCCUUUCAAAUAUUUAUCUGCUGGCCAAGUCUGUCUAGUUUUUUAUCAAUUUUUUCCUCCAUCCGGAGUUGAUAUAUUUCUUGCGGGUACGGGUUUACCCCCCCCCCCCCAACUAUGCUUCUUUUUGAAAAGUGCUUAAUGGUUUUGCGUGAUUGAAUUCACGUUUAAAACAAAGAUAGAAGUCAGAACCUGAAUAAGAAGAGAACAUGGAAUUAAGCAAACCAUUAAGAAAAACAAAAUCAAAAUAAGCAUGACUAAGAAAACAAAGUGACAUGCAAAUGUAAAUGUACUGAAGAAAAACGAAAUAAGCAUAACAAGAAUAAAAGCAAGAAAAGCAGACUUUUUGGCGGCGAUUCCUUUCCGUAAGAAACAUCCUCAAGUAGUGUAGAUUCGAGUUUGUUCAAAUGUUAAUUGCCGAGAUAGUGUGGGGCUACAAUGAGGUAUAUUCCUGUUUUUUUUUUAAAUCUUUAAAACUCUUUUUUCGUGUAUUGAAGUUUGUUCAAAUCAUGAUCUCCAGAGGUAAGAUUGGACUACAGUGAGGAGGGAGGGGACUGGAUUUAUAUUACAGUUAAAGCAUUUUUCAGGCAGUGUAAAUUUUGAUUUGUUCAAAUCAUGAUUUCCGGGAUUAAGAAAAAGAAGAAUAAAUUCAAACUAUUGAACGACAACGAGAUCACUUACUACGACAACCCUAAUCAAAACAAAUGUGUCAUAGAACUCAUUGAUAUAAAACCAGUCCCUAUACCCGACAAACCACUACGUAUAAAAGAAAAAGCGAAUCCAUUACUAAAGAUACACCUUCCAGAAGAAAGAAGAUAUGGCAAACUAAAAUUUCGAAGGGGAAACACACCAGUUGAAGUUAUUUAUACCAAAGACCAAGGCACGAUGAUGCCAGUGAUUUUUACGAAAGAGCAAGAUACACAGACGCAACACAAAAGCUCAGUAGAAAAGAAGACAUCUUUCAUUGUUUUGUGUUCAAAAGGAAUAAUUAUGGUUGCAGCUAUUGUGUUAAUAUCAUCAAGCGAGGAAAUUUCAAAGGCCAAGCCAUGUGAGCUAGAGAAGGCCCUCAAGUCAAUCAGUAUAAACUUUAAUUUUCCAUGUAAACACCACGCAAUUAAGGAAAAGACUACAAAUCUGCGUAUUUUGGGAAUAUUUCUGUUGAUUUUGAACUUCAUUUAUUUUAUUUUGAUCUUGAUUUCCCUGUUGCUGCCUCAAGUACGCAAACUGCUACACCCAAAAUCUUUGAUGCCUAAAAAAUUAAAAAGAGCAUUAUUUAUUCUUCUUGCUUGCAAUGCAAUCAUUUUUUCGAUCGCAAUGGUAGUUUACUACAACGAUAUUCGGAAAACCAAAGCAGAAAAAUCAGACAUAAACUUUGUUCAAUUAAAGGCAACAAUGUUCAAUUUGCUGGAGAAAACUUACACCUCAGACAACAUCAGCAGUAAUGAUGCACUAUCAAAAAGCUGGAACAAGUUCUUCAUUGAGUAUGAGUGUUGUGCUAUAAACCAAGUUCAAGGAACGACCAACGACUUUGACAGCACUCCAUGGUGUACAACAUCCGGUUCCUGUCAGGCAACUGCCUCACAGAUUCCAAAGACUUGCUGCAAUUAUGUGACAGAGGACGAUUAUGGAAGUGCACCGUCUAACUGUCAUUCCUCUGUCAGCUCUGGAACCUAUAAAUCUAACUGCAUGAACGUUAUCAAGCGUUUAAGUGUUACAAACAUCGAAGAAUACAAAAUCAGCCUGCUACAAGUUUCUCUACUCAUUAUAGGGACUUUGGAGAUAGCUGAAGCAAUCCUUGUGCUGGUUUUGACAACAGAGUUUGCUAUAUUUUUCAAAUUUAAAAUAUGUCUGAAGAUCUAGAGAAUAGAAAUAUCAACUAUGUCAAUAGAACUACAAGAAAGAGUAUUUUGUGGAAUGGAGAUUCGCCAAUUUGUUUGAAAAGAGAGAGAAUGAAAUCCAAAACGAUGUAAAUAGAUAAACAUUUUACUAUAACAUUCUUCAUAAUGUUUGGCGCAUGGGAAGUACGUUACUUAAGUUUCAAUAUUGCGUUAGAAAUCUUUUAUCACAUGAUGGUUUAUUAACCGCUUGCUGUUUACUUUAUUAGGUCUUUCCACCUUUUAGGCCUAAAACCUUUUGUAUUUCCUUUUAUUUCUAGAGAUAUUGAAACAAUUUGUUCUUUCUGUUAUUGACUAUUAAAAGUUAUGGUACCAUAUGACCCUUUGCUUAAUAACUCCCAGAACUUACAAAGUAUUGCCCUUGUGUACGAAAAACUUGUUAUCGCUACUCCUCUGAAACCAUGAGAGAUAGAGACUUGGAGCUUUUACCAAAGUCUUCAGUACACUUUGAGGGUUCUCCAGUCUAUUCUUACCAAAAGGAUCCGAUGCCCCAUCUACUAGUUAUUGCCCCCGAAAUUAUUCAAAUUUCCAUAAAAUUCCUUCCAACUUUUUAUUAUCUAUCAUAGGGACGUCAGACCAAUUAUUUAAUGAGUUUGUAGAUCUUUUUUGUUGAGCGGGGUAUAGAAAAACUUUUUCUUGGAUGUAGUAGAACUUCUUGAGACAUUUCAAAAUAUUACCCUUUAGCCCCUAUCUUGAAAAAAUUAUAGAGUUAUUGCCCCUAUUGUACAAAAUGCUUGUUAUCGCUAUUUCUCAUGAACCGACCGUUAGAGGUAGAGACAUGGAACUUUUACCACGCGGGCAUGUUAAGGCUUUCCAAUGCGAUAUGUAGAAAGUCACUUGUCUGUACCUCAUACGAUAUGACGUCAUAAUUAACUUUGACGUCACGAUCUGCAUUCCUGUCGAUAGUUCUCAGGGAAUGUAUCUUAACGUUAAAAGUGAAUUAUAUAAAACCAGUAUAAUACCGCAUGUUUCCUUUAUGUAGAUGCUGCAGUUAAUUCUAGACGUACAGAAUUCAUUCAUAUUAAAAACCAGUAUCAAAUAAUCGGCAGUUAUAAAGCUUCGUUUUAAGUAAAAGACUAUUUAUAAACCAGUGGUUUGGAGACUCUCCCUACUACGUGUAAACAACUGAAUGAAGAAAUUUUAAUGCAUGUAAAACCAGCUUGGCGCAGGUGAAAGAUCAACACAAUUUUAGAAUAUUUUACGUAAAAUUGGUAGAGAAUAUAAGUACCAAUGUGAAUUGUGCUUGGGAAACCUACGGAUUUACCCCAAUUUCUUGUAUAUCGCUUUUGAUUAGUAAAAAUGUGCAUUAUUUUGAUGAUUUUGUGGAAUGUUUCAACAAUAUCUUCUAUAAACGAAAUAUCUAUUUCUUUCCCAAGCAAGAACGUCAAAGUUUAUGACUUAACAAAGGAUUUUUCUUUAAAAUAUGUAUGAUUUAAUGUCAUUAAUCACCUGCGCCGAUGCGUUUUAACUACAUCAUUUGCAAUAUUAGGAUUCGCCUGUCACGUAAUUAUGAAGUACAUAUGACGUCACAAAAUUGCAUCAAAUAUAAUGUUUAACAUCGAUGUCAAUAAAUGUAACAUAGAUUUUAACAAAUACUCCCGGUCAAAGUAUUUUUGCGAUGAUUCAAAUAAUAUUGUUUCCAGCCGCAUUUUAGCAUCGGGACGCCUAAGCAAUGCUGCGCAAUGUCUUCAGUACACUUAGAGGGUUCUUCAUUCUGUCAUACCGUCAGGGCCCGAAACCCCCUUCUAGCAGUUAUUGCCCCUGAAGUUUCUUAAAUUUGUUAAAAACACCGUAAGUUUGUUAAAAACACCUACAUUAUUUGAAACUUACAUUGUAAGGCCAUUAAACCACUUUAAAUUGUAAUGUUGACCUUUACCUGUCAAUAUGAAAUAAAGGUCAAAAGUCAAGGUCAAAUAAAAAAAAAUACAUAUUUAAGUGUUUUAACUUAUUUUUUUAAAAAGUAACGCAAAGAAAAUGUUUUAUUAAUUAUACUCAAAGAAAACAUAAAGAAAUAAUGAGGUGGAAAGACCUUUAAUUGUUUGAGAACAAUUAGUCUGCUAGUAUUUAUUUUGUUUUUUAUAACGUCAUUUUUUGGAUUAUUUUUCAUCUUGAUAUCAUGCAUAAGUUAUAUGUACGUCUUGGAAGGAAAAGGAAAAUACGUUUAAAUUUUGCAUACUGUGAAUGAAUAUUUUAGAAUUUGACAUCACAUUUAUCCAUUUGUAUACCAUACGUUAAUACAUUUUUAUACAUUUUAGAACUUUCUUAUAACAGAAUCUGUGCAUAAAUUUUCGAAUUUAUCUCGAAAGCAAAUAUAAUGAAAAUAAAAUUCAAUUAUUUUUUUAUUUACUCGUUUUAUUCUAAAGUUAAAUUUAAAAAAAAGAUACGGUAGCGUUACAGAUCACGAAUUGUUUAUAUUUUUAAUCUAAAUACUGUAUAAUAUAUAUGUAGUAGUUUGUAAAGUACAUUGGGACAAUUGAUAUUAUUUUGCUUGGUUUCUGAGGUACAUAUGAAUGUCCAGUUUCAGUGAAAUAAGCAAAGGUACCCAUUUUAGCUUCAAAAGAGUCUUUGUUUUAAUUUAUUUGUCCUUAAUACUCUUUCAUUUAUUGAAAACAUUAACAUUGUAAUUUUAUUUGUAUUAAUAUGCUUUUGAUAUGGAACUUAUAUCCAGUUACCUGGUAUAAUGCACGUUUUAUCAGGAUUUCAGAAUUUUAACAAAGUAUCAGAUUUUUACCAGGCAAAUAAUUUUCCUAGUGUAUCAAAAUGCAAAAUGAGAUAUCUCUAUAAAUGCCAUUUACAAAAUGGUAAACAUAAAAGAAUCAUUUACAUGUUUUCAACAUAGAUGAAAUAUACUUUAGGUACUUUAAUAGUCCUGCUGUCUUUAUACUCCAUUGUAAGAUUCAGUUGAUGUUUUUUUAAAAAAGGCUUAGAUUACAGUUUGUAUAUUUUUUUGGAUGAUUUCUCUUAAUUUUGUUUAUUAUUUUGCGAGCACUUUUAACUAUACUGGUUUAAUAUACCUCAUCAUUUAAGGUGGUUUUCUAUACCAAUAAAGUGUAAUAACUUUUUUGAAUCAUUUAUUUGUUACCAAUUGUAGGCCAAGUAUUUU